CCUCCCUCCCGGCUCCUGAACUCCAGCCCCUCUCUCUCUAUCAGCCGCUCACUCUGUCUCAAUAUGUCUCAAGAUGGCGGCCAAUGUGGGAUCGAUGUUUCAAUAUUGGAAGCGCUUUGAUUUACAGCAGCUGCAGAGGGAGCUCGAUAACACAGCAACAAUUUUGGCGAACCGGCAAGAUGAAAGUGAGCAGUCUAGGAAAAAACUUAUUGAGCAAAGUCGUGAGUUCAAGAAAAACACUCCAGAGGACCUGCGCAAACAGGUAGCUCCAUUACUGAAGAGUUUCCAGGGAGAGAUUGACGCAUUGGGUAAAAGAAGUAAAGAAGCAGAGGCAGCCUUCUUGAAUGUUUAUAAGAGAUUAAUUGAUGUUCCAGAUCCAGUUCCAGCCUUGGAUUUAGGACAGCAGCUUCAGCUGAAGGUUCAGCGUAUGCACGAUAUUGAAACAGAGAACCAGAAACUUAGGGAAACUCUAGAGGAAUACAACAAAGAAUUCGCUGAGGUGAAAAAUCAGGAGGUUACAAUAAAAGCACUUAAAGAGAAAAUCCGAGAAUAUGAACAGACCCUGAAGAACCAAGCAGAGAAUAUAGCCCUUGAGAAAGAACAGAAGUUACAAAAUGAUUUUGCAGAGAAGGAGAGGAAACUGCAGGAGACACAGAUGUCGACAGCCUCGAAGCUGGAAGAAGCUGAACACAAAGUUCAAGCUUUGCAAACAGCCUUGGAAAAAACCAGAACAGAACUAUUUGAUCUGAAAACAAAAUACGAUGAAGAAACUACUGCAAAGGCUGAUGAAAUUGAGAUGAUCAUGACGGACCUUGAAAGAGCAAAUCAGAGGGCAGAGGUGGCUCAGAGAGAGGCAGAGACCUUAAGGGAGCAGCUCUCCUCAGCUAACAAAUCUCUCCAACUUGCAACGCAGAUCCAGAAGGCACCUGAUGUGGAGCAGGCCAUUGAGGUGCUAACACGGUCCAGCCUGGAGGUGGAACUGGCUGCAAAGGAGCGGGAAAUUGCCCAGCUUGUGGAUGAUGUCCAGAGACUCCAGGGCAGCCUCACCAAGCUGCGGGAGAACUCCAGCAGCCAAAUCUCCCAGCUGGAGCAGCAGCUGACAGCCAAGAACAGCACGCUCAAACAACUGGAAGAAAAACUGAAAGGACAGGCUGAUUAUGAAGAGGUUAAGAAAGAAUUAAAUAUCUUGAAAUCCAUGGAGUUUGCAGCAUCUGAGAGCUCUGGGUCGCAGGAUGCAUCCAAACCGCUGGAGGUGCUGCUGCUGGAGAAGAACCGCUCCUUGCAGUCAGAGAACGCGACGCUGCGUAUCACAAAUAGUGACCUGAGUGGGUCAGCCAGGAGAAAAGGGAAAGACCAGCCUGAGAGUCAGCGUCCUGCAACCUUGCCGGCCUCCCCUCCUUCUCAGUUGCUCCGCAACGUGGGGGAGCAGGCUUCCAAUACUAAUGGUACACACCAGUUCUCACCAACGGGUUUAAGUCAAGACUUUUUCAGCUCAUCCCUGGCGAGCCCCAGCUUACCCCUGGCCUCCACAGGAAAAUUUGCACUAAACUCUCUCCUCCAGCGACAGCUAAUGCAGUCCUUCUACUCCAAGGCAAUGCAGGAAGCAGGAAGCACAAGCAUGAUUUUUUCAACAGGUCCUUACAGCACAAACUCCAUAUCUUCCCAAAGUCCAUUACAACAAAGUCCGGAUGUAAAUGGCAUGGCCCCAUCUCCCAGCCAGUCAGAAAGUGCUGGGAGCAUCUCCGAAGGCGAGGAGAUAGACACGGCCGAAAUUGCACGUCAGGUGAAAGAGCAGUUGAUCAAGCACAAUAUUGGACAGCGGAUAUUUGGACAUUAUGUGUUGGGACUGUCGCAAGGGUCUGUGAGCGAGAUACUAGCCCGGCCAAAGCCAUGGAAUAAACUGACUGUGAGAGGCAAGGAGCCAUUUCAUAAGAUGAAGCAGUUCCUCUCGGACGAGCAGAACAUCUUGGCUCUUCGCAGCAUCCAGGGUAGACAAAGAGAGAAUCCAGGCCAGAACCUGAACAGACUAUUUCAGGAAGUACCGAAACGAAGAAAUGGGUCUGAAGGUAAUAUAACCACAAGAAUCCGAACCACAGAGACUGGCUCUGAUGAAGCCAUCAAAUCCAUUCUUGAACAAGCCAAAAGGGAGCUGCAAGUACAGAAAACAGCUGAGCCGGCUCAGCCGCCUUCUGCAUCUAGCAGUGGCAAUUCUGAUGAUGCUAUUCGAUCCAUUCUGCAACAAGCCCGACGGGAAAUGGAGGCACAGCAGGCUGCCCUUGAACCUGCCUUAAAAACACCACCUUUAUCUCAAGCUGACAUUUCUAUCCUGUCCCCCAAACUAGUACCUACACCUGCAAUGUCUUCGGUUUCCAGCUAUUCUCCUUUGGCCAUAUCCCUGAAGAAACAUUCAUCUGUCACUGAUUCCAGUAUCUCUGCAUUGCAGAACCUCUCUGGGCUCAAAAAGGAGCCUCAGGAGGCACCUGUUCUAGAGCUUCAUGGAAUAAGUGAUUCUGCCCAGGGUAUGUUGAGGCAUGUUAAAAAUGAGUUGGGACGUGGUGGUGUUUGGAAGGACCAUUGGUGGAAUACUGUGCAGCAUGAGAGAAGAAACACAGCUCUUCCUGAAGAUAUAAAAGUUGAGGAAGCCAGUGGUGGAAAAGAAAAGGUCAGCAAUCAGACUAGGCCAGAUCGUAGCCAGCUCCAAGGACCAUCCUCUUCAGAGUAUUGGAAAGAGUGGCCAAACGCUGAAUCUCCGUACUCCCAGAGUUCUGAAUUGAGCGUGACUGGGGCGAGUCGCAGUGAGACACCACAAAAUAGCCCCCUCCCUUCAUCCCCUAUCGUGUCUUUGUCAAAGCCAUCCAAACCUUCAGUUCCUCCACUGACACCCGAGCAGUAUGAGAUUUAUAUGUACCAGGAAGUGGAUACGAUAGAGCUAACGCGGCAGGUCAAGGAAAAGCUAGCAAAGAAUGGCAUCUGCCAAAGGAUCUUUGGGGAAAAGGUAUUGGGGCUGUCCCAAGGAAGUGUCAGUGACAUGCUCUCCAGGCCAAAGCCAUGGAGUAAAUUGACCCAAAAAGGCCGAGAACCAUUUAUUCGUAUGCAGCUCUGGUUGAAUGGUGAGCUGGGACAGUGUGUCCUGCCUGCACAAGGGCAGCAACAAGGACAAGUCCUUCACUCUGUGACAUCAUUACAGGAUUCUCUACAGCAGGGAUGUGCAAGCUCAGAAAGCACUCCAAAGACUUCUGCCAGUUGCAGUCCUGCUCCUGAAUCUCCUAUGAGUUCCAGUGAAUCAGUGAAAAGCCUGACUGAAUUGGUACAGCAGCCCUGUCCUGCUAUAGAGACAAGUAAGGAUGGCAAAUCCCAAGAAUCUAGUGAGCCACCUGCUUCAGAAUCCCAAUCUACAACACCUCUGCCACUGUCGGGCCACUCGGCACUCAGCAUUCAAGAGCUGGUUGCCAUGUCCCCUGAGCUGGACACCUAUGGCAUUACCAAAAGGGUCAAAGAAGUGCUAACAGACAACAACCUUGUGUGGCUGACAAGCCUAAAAAGCAGCAGAAGAGCCAGGAAAUGUGCCCCAAACUCUGCAUUAGGUCAGCGUUUGUUUGGGGAGACAAUCCUAGGGCUAACACAAGGCUCUGUCUCAGACCUUCUGGCUCGCCCGAAGCCCUGGCACAAGCUGAGUUUGAAGGGCAGGGAACCCUUUGUCCGCAUGCAGCUGUGGCUGAACGAUCCCAACAACGUGGAGAAGCUGAUGGAUAUGAAACGGAUGGAGAAAAAAGCCUACAUGAAACGGCGGCACAGCUCGGUGAGCGACAGCCAGUCUUGUGAGUCCUCAUCCACUGGAAUUGACUACAGCCAGGGAGCCAGUCCCCAGCCACAGCACCAGCUGAAGAAGCCCCGGGUGGUGCUGGCACCAGAAGAGAAGGAAGCUCUGAAACGAGCCUACCAGCAAAAGCCAUACCCAUCACCAAAAACCAUUGAGGAACUCGCUACGCAGCUCAACUUGAAAACCAGCACCGUGAUCAAUUGGUUCCACAAUUACAGGUCUCGCAUCCGCCGGGAGCUGUUCAUCGAGGAGAUCCAAGCUGGGAGCCAGAGCCAGGCUGGGUCGAGCGACUCUCCUUCUGCCAGAAGCAGCAGGGCGGCUCACAGCUCCGAGGGAGACAGCUGCGACGGCGUGGACGCGGAGGGCCCAGCUGAAGGAAAGGCCAGCGGCCCGGAGGCGGAUGAGUUCAGCAAUGCAACCACAAAGUCUCAGGGAGGGUCAGCGGAGUCGGCUUCGGAAGCGGGGGAAGAGGCACCGCGGGGAGCCAGGUCUGCGGAGAAAGCGGAGCCGUUCCAGGCGGAGAACCUGGAAGACACCGACGACGAGGGCAGGCUGAGAGCACCGCGCCAGAGCUCUCCCCCGGCGUCGCAGCGCCCGGGAGAAGCUCUGGAGACACUGCCAAACUCUGCCACGGAAGGGGAUGCCUCUACCUCAGCUGCCUCCACCUCAGUCCUUACAGGGGAGAGCUCCUACAAGUCAAAAGAAAGUUCAGAGAAAAUCUCCAGUGUGCCAAGUACAAGCUCGACGCCGGCCGCAGGCUCGCAGAAAGCCAACUCUCUCCAGAGCUUGUUUGGCUUCUCCGAGGCGGCCAGCUCCAGGAACACGCGAGACAGCUCCUUGAGGAAAAAGAAAGCGGCCAACUUGAACAACAUCAUCCACCGUUUGGAGAAGGCCGCGAGUCGGGAAGAGGCCGUCGAGUGGGAGUUUUGAGAUUAAAACUCAGCCCAACUCUGGAGAGCUGGGAAGCGAAACUGGACCUCUACUGGUUUUAAUUGUGUUGCGCACUUAACCGCCCUGCGGGCCACAGGGCAAAAACGCCAUAGGCCAAGGUGCAUAUAGAAAACAAAAAGGAGCGUUAAGCCCAAUUUUAUGUUUGUGUUUUCGAGGAAGAAAACUGAAAUGUGUAGUCAAGCUUUUUUGUACCCUGAAGUGUUUUUAUUAUUGCCCUAAAAGUGAUUUCCACAAUUUCUGGAAUAACUCGUACAGCUUUGCCUUGUGCCCUCCUCUUUGGUGUGGGCUUUAAAAAAAGAAAAAGGAAAAAAAAAAAAAAAAGGAAAAAAAAAAUAAAAACAGUAAAAAAAAAAAAAAAGAAGAAAGAGAGAGAGAAAAAAAAAAAUCAAACCCACAUAUGAAAAGGGGGCUUUUUAUCUGCCAUCUAAUGGCUACAGAGCGAUAAUACACUAUUAUCUUCUUAAACCAGGAAAAAAAAAAAAGGGGAGAUUUUUCAAAAAAAAAAAGAAAAAAAAAAAAGAAAGUUUUUUGUAGCUGUUCAGUUGCCACUAAGAGAUUGCACAGUCAACCGACUCUAAACACACUAGUUUGGAUUCCUACAUAUUUUCAAGAAAAGAAAAGAAUCUUGUUGUUUGAAACUUUGAAUUAAAAAGAAAAAAAAAAAAACACAUUUACUCCACAUAUUUUUUAACGAAACAAAAAAAAAAAAAGUCACAUCAGGAAAAUAUCUUAAUUUGUGGUAGCUGACUUAGUGUUUUCUUGUAAGUGAAAUAGAAUAUUGACACGUAGUGCACAUUGUUUCAUAGCUUUAACUGAUUCUGGUCUUUUGCAGACCAGAAUUUGUUUAAUACACUCCAUUUUAGGCCAAAUCAGGACAAAAAAAAUUAAAUCUGAAUCUAGGUAUUUUAUAAUCUGCUUUUUAACCUCUAACCACAGAGCACGCUGAUCAGACCUCAUAUCUAGGGGGUUUAGGAGACAACUUAGAAACAGCAUGUACUUGAUCAUUUCACUUGGUUCCUAGUGUAGAGAAUUUCCUUUUCAGUAAAGUCAGAUCACUCAACAAACGUUGGCCAGUAACAUUUCAGCCUGCAACUUCGGGGACAUGUUCCAUAACCUGAAGUGUUCAGCUUCCCUGGGAUCGAUGGAAGUGUAGUUCACCUGUCCGAUCGCUGUCACACACCACUAAGAGGGGACUGGAGCUGCCUCAGAUAGAGACCUUUUCCUGCUGUUGGUGGCCAUUUACUGACUCUCUUCCCACCACAAGCACUGAUUUUAAAUACGUUUUAGUUGUGGGAAGCUUAUUUUUUGUGUGGAUAAAGAGUACAUGGCAAUGACCAGACGGGCUCUUACCAGGAGGGGAAAUAACCCAAACUCCAAACCAAAACAUUCAUGCUCUCGAGUCCCAGCCUAGACCAUUCUGCCCUGCAGAAAUACAGCCUUUUGCCAUUAUUUUAUGCACAGGUUAGGGCUGAUCAAAGUACAAAUCCAAUUCUAACUUGUCUCUAACUCCUCCUGUUGUCUAUAUGUAUAUGCGUGAGCAUAGAGGUGUGUGGAAGGAUGUGUGUGGGUGAGUGUGUGCGUGCAAUUUUAUACGUCUGUGUAUUUUCUUACGUACUUGUGCACACAUAGAGUGCAUUACUGCCACCUUUUUUCAAUAAGCUGUUUUAUCAGUUAUGGCUUCUACAAGUUUGCUAAUUUAGACUCCUUUAUUGCCAUAUCUUUAAAAACUAACAAUAGAUGAUUUCGGAAUAUAUAUAUAUAUAUAAAUAUAUAUAUAUAUAAUUUUUUUUUUUUUUUGCUUAUUUAUAGGUGCUGUAUUUUAUUAUCUGAUUGUUAGGAAGGGAUGAAAGGGGGCAAAUAUUCUUUAGAGGGAUAGACUGCCGGCAGUAUUGGGUAUAAUUUACAAGAUGUAGUUGUCAUACUGUAUAUUAUUGAUUGAAGACUUUUUGACCGUAUUGUGUAUCAUUGAACUUUUGUCUUAGGUCAGCAUCUUUUUGAUGACACUUUAAUGGUGCAUUCAUUACUUCUUAAGUUUAAUUAAUAUUACUUUUCUGAUUUUGGGGGAGGGAGGGAUGGGGAGAGGAGUUCCGACUUUAAAGGUAUGUUCCCAAUAUUACACCUCAGUGUGCUUGUAUUAAUUCAUUAGUAGGAUUUUUGACUGUAAGAUGUGAAACCACAUUUCUUGCAUGAUGUUUUAGAACUUAUGUAUUUCAUUUACAGUCUCUUAACAUGCAACAGCAGCACUUAGCGCAAGUUUUCACAAAUUAAGAGUCAGUACACUAAAAUCAAUCCUGUUCAUGAUUAAGAAAAGAAGGCUCUAGGAGGCUGAAAGGCAGGGAUAUAUUUCCUAUUUUUACUGCUAGCUGUUUCAGGAUACCUCCUUGGGUAAUUGGGGACUUGUGAUGCAAAACUAAAAUUGAGAAACAGAGAGAGCAACUGCCCCUUUCUGUGGUGAGCUGAGGAGACAUUUGUACCAACAGACACCAGUAGGUGCUGGAAGCGGUUUUGGCUUCUUCUCUGGAGGGCAGAUAGUCCCUGGGAUCAGCCAGUGAGGGUGAUGAAGUGGUGAAGCAAAGUGUUUCCUCUCUGGAUCUGCACAGUGUCCUGGUUUGACUUGCCAAGCGCAGCUCCGUCGAUAAACGCACGUCCUGGUAGAAAUACACAUACCUUAAUACAAGUCAUAACAAGAUGUGUCUUCAGCCAAGAAGCAAAACUUCUGACUAGAAGACACAGAUAUUUUAUUAUGUUCUUUUUUUUUUUUUUCUUUGUUGUUGUUUGGUUCAGGUUGGGUUGUUGGCUUUUUUUUUAAUGAAUUCUAGGCAAGACACUUGCCAAUCUGUUUCUGCUGUCCUUGUCUGCUGAUGUGAGAUCCAGGUGCUUGAUGCAGUCAAGUGGUUACUCUUCACUUUCUCCAUAGUGAGGUUUUUUUCUGUUUGAUGAUUUAUUUUUUAAAUUAAUCUUCCCCAAACUGUUCUUGUGCCUGUGUCUAUAUGAUUGCAUUCCAUGAUGCUUACUGAGAGCUCUUGCUGCAUUGUAUGACAGCAGAACUGUAUUCACAGGUUGAACACAAAUGCAGCACUUAAGGUCAAUCUCUCUUCUUAAUAAGCAAUACGUAAGUGCCUUGAAACUGAUAUCUUUUUUGUUGGUUUGUUUGGUUUGGUUUUGCUCAUCAGGUUUCCACCAGUUCUUUAGGAUUCUCUAGCAUCUGCCCAGUUUUGAAUGCUGUAAUGAUUUUUUUAAAAGCAUAUCUGUAGCUUGCCCUAGAGGAACUCUUUCUUUUAUAACACUAACUGUUAAUUCUAAGCUCCAUUAUUACAUCUGAAUCAUGUAAUUCUGCUGGAUAAAGACAGCAUUUAUAAGUCAGAAGUCGCCUCCAUCCUGCCAAGAGUUGUCAUUGGUAUCUGUUAUAAUCAAAUAAAAUGCUGUCGGUAUUUCCUAUAUUUUUGGCACUUUAUUAAUGGCUUAGCUCCUGUUGUUUCAUAUUUAAUGAUCUGUGUUGAAUGUGGUUUAGCCUGCUGAGAUGCUGUUGGGGUGACCCGGGCUGUCCUGCCAGGAGUCACUUUGGGUUCCUUAGUGACCACCUUGUUUAAGGGCACAGGCAGAUGAACAACCUCAGAUCAAGCUCGUAGAGUUGAAGUGAUGUUUCCAGCUCUUUGGUCCUGAUUGUUAGCCAAGGUCACAGCUGCUUUUCUGUUUCACUGGAAAGUAAAAUGGAUUAGCUUGAACUACUGCUGAGAGUCUCUUCUUGGAGAUGAGUUACCUACUGGCUUUCCAAACUGGCAGAGACCUCCCUGGUUUAGAGGCUGAACUUGAGCAAUGCCGAAAGAUUUUAGCUAUAUUUCUGAUCAAGGGCAGCAUUUGCAAGUGAUGCUUUUGGUAAAACGUGCGUUGAAGUCACUUCUUUUUUACUAACUUAAUUAAAAGAAAAGGAGAAAAAGUUGGAAAAGAAAUGCCAAAGAGUAGCACAGUGGCUUUUACCCUCUUGGGUCACUGAUUUCUUGGGGAGGGAAGAGGCAUGAUUUAGGCAUGUGUGAGGUGGGGCUUGUCUCAAGGGGCAGUCACUGGUAGCAUUUCUUUUCCUGAUGGAUAAAAGCACAGGUUGUUUUCAGAAAAUCCAUAGUGCCAGAAUCUUUUUAUUUUCCUGAGGUUCUUCAAAAGCUUUUUGCUUUUUCUCUCUCUGUUUCCAGUUCCAGACUCCUAUUAAAGCUGUGGAUGAAGGGCCCGGGCUAUCUUAACAGAAAUACCUUUACACUGCAGUUAAAAUUGUCAGGUUUUCUCUCUGGAUGGGGAGGGAAGGAAAAAAGUGUCACACUUUGUUUGCUAAAAGCAAGAGAAGAGUAUCCCUUGGCAGAGGGGUCGUGAAAUAUGAUUGUUGACACACUUCCAUUUUUGAGGAUACAGAUUUCAGACAGCAGAAUUGCAUUAUUGGCAGAAAUGCAUUUGAUUGCAAUUGCUGUUGAUGCCAUAAAACUUGACCCUUUUAUUUAUCUGUCUGUAAAAUGCCUAUAAAAUUAGAGCCACUCUUUAAAGGAGCCUGUAUCCGUGCACUCUGCCCAUAUCAUGAAUUAGUGAGUCCUUUAGUAAUCAACUCCUGCUGUAAUAGGAAAGAUCCAUCUUACAGUUAAAAAGAAAAAGAAAAAUGUGCCUUUCUCAUUAGAUGAAAGAUCUUUGUGUUAUUUUUAGGUAACUUUUUCAUAUGGGAAUGGUGUAGAGAAGGGGGUUCAUGAACACAACAGAAUUCUAUGCAGUGUUCUCUAAUCCAAUUACUUUAAAGUUGCUGUUUUUCAAUCCUUUCAUGGGAGAAAUAGGAAGUUAGAGAAAUGGAUCAUUCUGGCUGUAAAUCAAACUACAAAGCUGGGAAAUUCACAUAAAAUAGGAUUGAGGGAAAUCUGACAAAAUAAUGUAAUAAAUAAUGGGAAAUGCUGAACAGUGAUUGCAGUCCCCACUAGUGCAGCUGUGGUCUGAAGUCUGUCAUUUUCCAUCUUAAAAUUAUUAAUUUCAAGUAUUCCUAAAGCUCAUCUGAAAUAAAAAUGCUCCUGGCAAAAAAGAAAAAAAAAGCAGGGCAGGUUGGAAGCAUAGAAACAAACAAAAAAAAACAACCCAAAACAUUUUGAUCAUGUAUAAAUUACAAGAAUACACAAAAAAGUACUUGGUUUUGGACACUUCUUUGCACUUAAAUCCAAAAGAGUUUGUUUAAACUGAAAUGUUGCAGUAACCUGGGCAGUGCCUUUAGCAAGGUUGCAAGGAGAUCAGUAAUCUUGGCAAUUUGAAAGUAAAAUGGUGACAUGCAGGUGGAGGGCACUAAUUUUGCUUCAUUUGUGUCUCUUUCUAACAAGUGAGUUUCUUAAACAGCCUCUUCUUUCUUCUUCACCCAGUGCACAUGUCCCUGGAUAUUUUCUGUCUUAGAGCCCCUCUCUGGGGCUGAGCUGGGAGUGUUUCUUGAAGACUUCUCAGAAACAUUGCAGGAGAGGAGGAAAAGCUGGUUCUUGGGUGGGGGCCAGAUUUCCUGUUCACUAAAACCAAAUCAAGUCUCUCCCAUCAGUGAGUAGCAAUUUUGGCUCUGAUGAAACAAGCUGCUUAUAGUCUCAAAUUCCUAAAUUUAACUCACCCAGACAAAAGAGCUGCAAAGCAGUUGUCAGUUCACUCCUGUCUUGGCCUCCUGCUUUCCCCUUGCACUUUGUGUUGCUCCACUGUUUGAACAUCAACGUUUUCUUCCUUUGUGUUGCAUAUACAAUCAACUUUUUUUUUUUUUUUAAAUAGAGAACUUAAAAAUUCUGUACAAACAAAACACUAUUAUUAUAUUUUUUCCCCAGCGGUUUAAAAUCUUGCCCAGAUGGCUUUAAAUUGCAAGGAGAAUCACUGGCAUGGAAAGCAUGAGAUCUGGAUUUCUUUUCUGGCUCAACCUUCUUAGCUUGAAAAGUGACUUGGUUGUCCCUGUGUCCUUCACAUAUGUAUUUGAGCUCUUAAAAUGUAGAAAUAUUAUUUCACCAAUUUGUUCUUUCCUCCCCAUCUCUUUUAUGGGAUAUAUUGACCAUGCAAUGUAUAAAAUGUAGUUAAUAAUGAAGUUUAUAGCAAGAAAAGCCCUUUGUGCUAUGCCUAGGGAUUAUUUAUCCUACAUGACCAGGUCAUGUACUAUACCCUACCCUAUUAAUAUGCAAGGAUGAAAAGGUUUUAUGCUCUGAGGUGAAAUCUAUCCUUUUGGAGAAGGUUAGUGUUAGGCCUGUGCACUUAAGUUUUCAAAAAGCCUUAAAAAUAGGUAUGUGGUGCCAUCUCUCUCCUCAGGGAUGAUUUCCCCCCCAGCCAAGUGAUACAGUGGCAUAUUUAAUACAAAUUAGUAGUUGUAAGGUCAUUUUCCAGCUGAACAAAGUAAUCCAUUGAACUUUUUCCUCCUCACCAAUGUCCUCUGGUACAGCCAAGGACUGGUGGAGGUGUCAGACCUGCUUUUCCCAAAACCUGGACACUCUGUCUCAAACCCAAAGUCUGUGUUUCUGCAGCUGUUUUGUGAGUGGGAAAAAAAAAAUAAUUAUCUGAUUCCUGGGCUUUAUUUUUAUUGCUGUUCACAAACCUCUUCUGGCACUAAAGUGCAUGAAAAGGAAAUGCCUCCUUUUAAAAAAUUAAUAAGAUGAUUAUGUUUUCCUUGCCCAACUGUUCUACAAAGGACAAUUGCUGCCAUUUGUCAAGCUCGCUUUCCACUGUUAUCAGUAGAUUUUUGCCACAGUUCUGUAGAUUUCUUCUUAUUAAAACUGUUGGUUUCAUGGUAUCAUUUCAGUUUCUUUAUAUUUUGGAACAACCAAGUGCAGAGAAUGACUGAAAUCCUAACCAUAACAAAACAGUGCAGGAGACAGCACAAGUAGGUGCCUGAAGUCCCCAUGACGUCGUGUCUUUGACUUUUUGUUUAAAUUUUAGAGGUGUUUGUUCUGCAUGGUACAGUCUUCAUCCAAAGAUCCUUGGAGUGGAGAGUCAUGCCAGGAAUUUCCUGCUGUGGUGGUGCCAAACCUGCUUUUUGCAUAGUUACUGUGUAAUUCUGGGGUAAUGUUCAUAACAGCACGACCUCUGUGUUGGUAGCAAGAAUAACGGCGUUGAGUGGCGUUAUCCUCUUCUGUCCUCGGGGGUAAUUAGGAGUUGUUAAUUGUGUCUGUGUACACGAUUCCAGUAGGGAAGAGCCCCUCUGUAUAUGUGCUUGGUCUUAAUGGAAUUGCUGCAACCAAAUUCAUUAAAUAAUUUGGGGUGUAGGUGAGUGAGGGCUCAAACCAAUAUAUAUUUUCAUGUGCAGAGGAUGCAGUUUUCCCACUUGUCAGAUCAAUUCCCUGUUGUAACGAGGGGAUUAACCAGCUGAGAGAUCAGAUUGCUUGAGAUAUGCAGGUUUAGCUAAUGAGGAGGGGGAAGAUCAUGUUCAGAAUACAUAAAAAUAAUUCCAAGGGUCUGAGAUGUGCAAAAGCCAAGAAGUUUGAAAGGAAGGCUCAAAACUCAUCCCGUGACAGUUGGUCUGUAGGUUUUGCUGCAAUAUAGGUGCAGGAAGUUAAUAGGCCAGAUAUUUCAACAUAUAAAAUAUAUUCUGCUAUAUCUGUGUGCAGCUGGAAGGUCAACAGUAAAGACAUUUGCAUUGUAUUUGAAACAAUCACAAAAGCAGCUGAUCAGUAAAUUAAGCCAAGUAUCAAAUUAAAGCACGUGGUUCAUUCUUGCUCUCCCUAAGAUGAAAAUUCAAGUAUUCUUAGAAGGCAGAAAUUCUUCUUAGAGAUAGACAUUCUCUGUUCUGCAGUUCCUCUCAGAAUGCAAGCAUCUGUUUUCAAGAGAAGAAAUAAAACUUGGCACUUGACUGGCUCUGAAGUACAAUCUUAUCUCCGAGUAACUACAAAUACUGUUUCCUACAAUCAGUCUUUCAAUCAGACUUCUCUGGCUUUUGUUCACUCCCAUUAGGCCCUUAGUGCUAUUUUGGUGUAUUAUUUAUAUGUGGGUAAAUUAUUACUAGCUUUAAAAGUGUUUCCAAAGUACCUAGUUACCUCUGGAUGCUAGUACAGGAUCUACAGGGAGUAUUUGAGCAUCUAGUUCAUAAAGGAGGCGUGUGGGGAAUAAACAAGGUCACAUCUGUAUCCUACUUUCUUUUGCCUUGAUUAGGGCUUCCAUUUCCUUCUCGCCUCCUCUAGAGAGAUGGAGAUCAUGGGUCAUUUUCUUGCUGUGGGGGAAAGACUUUAGCUUGAGAUGAUUUUAUUUUCAUUGAGUAGGCAUGGCAUCAAAAUCCUUUGUGUGUUACUGCACUUCCCGUUGAGUUUUUAGCUUUUUACUACUUCACUAAAAUUUACUAUUUAAGCAGACUUUCUAUACUUGGGAAGCUAUGUGCCUUAUUUCCUAAUCUCUUUGUGGAGAAUAAUCUAAAGCACAGUGAUCUCGACUGCAGCAUUCACGUUUUCCUUUGGGUGGGGGGAGGAAAGCCCUGGUGGAGGAGCAUUUCAGUGGCCCUCCGGGAGUUGCCCUUUGGCCAACGAGCACUUCAAACACUGUGCAUGAAACCUUUGUGCAAUAGAAAUCCUCGUUCUGCGUUCGGAGGUUCGUGUCCCAGCUGCCAGAUGCGGGUGAGCGUGAGCUCUAGUUUAGGAGAAUUCAGGUUCCUGGGGAAAAAAAAUAAAAUAGAAAUUAGGCAUCCCUCUGGGUUGGCCCCAGCAGCACGGCGGGGUCUUGGGUGGGAAAGUCCAGCGUUGCCCAGCACUGCUGAUGCUGGUGAGGCUCAGUCUCACCCGUUGUACUCGUAGAUCUGUCAGCGUUCACCAAACACUCGUGGACUUCAGCCAUUGCUAACUGGUACCGUGUCCUUCUGUGCCAUCAGUCAUAUAUUCUGUCUUCAUUUCCAUGCCCAGAGCUGCAUUGUCUCGGGAUGUGGAAGCACUGUAAAGUCAUUCCAGUCUCAAUUUGGCUUUGUGAAGAACAGGCUUCCACCCACCAGCACCCUCAGCCCUUAACCGCCGCUUGUAUGUUAGUUCUCAAGCUUGCUCUCUCUACAGCAUCAUAAGGUGAAAGAUAGAAAGGUGGUUUGUAAUUAGGAAAACAAUCUAAUAUUUCCUAUUUAUGAGAUUAAUUUUAACAGGUUCUCUUUUUUUUUUUUUUUUUGUGAGGUUUGUUUUUGUUUGAUAUAAACACAACAGGAGUAUACAUAUCCCCUGAGGGGCCGUUGGAGACCAAGUGUGGGCUGUCCUGGCGGUGUUGGCUCGUCAUAGUAUCCAUAUCAUUGUGCCCCUGUUGUGUUUUCUAGAGCAAUCAUUAUUUUCUUUUUUUAAGGAGAAAAAAAAAAAAAAAAAAGUAUUUUUAUCUAAAAGCCUAAUAAAUAAUAUUAUUUAAAUAGUUGUAAAAUAAUUUAGGACUGAGAAUAAGCAGCCUCAGUUGUUGUGAGGGAAGAGACUUAAAAUAUACAGAGAGAGAAAAUACCCUGAGCCUCCUAGAGCCUCUACUGAGAAUUUCAUGAAGAUUCAGUGCCCCUUUGUCAAAGUACAUUGCAGUUUACUCAAGAGUGUUAAUUUAAAAUGAGAGACUGGUUUCCUGUGAUGUUCAUCUUUGUUGGCAUAUGUUUGAAUUUCUAAAUUCAGAGCUGAUUCUCUUCUCGUUCAGCGUUGGUCAAGGAAAAAAACCAAACAAACAAAGGAAAAAAGAAACAAGGAAAUACACGUUGUGAAUUGAUCCGUGACACGGAGGAGCUGUUUGGUUUUCUUGCAGUGUGGAAACACGUUCAGACAGGCUUUCCCUGGCUAGGUAACCCUUUAUGAGCAUGUGAGAGAAAAGCUGUAAAAGCCCAAUUGAAAAUCUUUGAGCUAGAAAUGGCCCCUGCUCUGGGCAGGGAAGGGUGUCUGCACCAGGGAUGAUGCCAAGGGCCUCCGGUCAGCUCAGAACCAGUCUUCCCCCAGUAAAACCCGACAGGGGACAAAGGUGGAAGGUGCUGAGCUAGUUACAGGGCACAUCACCACUUCUGUGGAUUUGGAAGCAAAUUUGCACUUUGCCUUUCGAGGGUGUCCCACUAAAAACCAUCAGAUGAAUUUCCCACGCGAGGUUCUUUCCUUCUGGCACAGGCCGGAAGGAAAAAAAGAAUCAUUUUUUUUUUUUAAAAAAAAAAAAAGAGAAAAAGCCCUCUGUGAAACAAAAAAGGUUGUUCCUCUCAGAAUACUCUAUGCAUUUCUGUGCUGAAAAGCAUUUCCUACCAUUCCCUUAUCCAAACGUGACCCACUCGCUGGAAACGCUGCGAGAACGUACAAAUUCGGACCUUAAUUCCAAAGCAGAUGGAGGCUGGCUGAGGGGGGAGGGGGUGAUAUUCUUGUUUGUGUGUUUGGUUUUGUUGGAAUAGUUUCCCUCGUAUCCCUUUUCAUUUUAUUAUUGUUUUUUUCUUUUUUAAUUAAAAAAAAAAAUUAACUCUUUGCAUUUGUGCAAUAACUACUUGCCAUGAUAAUGGGCAGACCUUUGAAAUGCCCCGACUACUAACACAGCACAAGAUGAACUCAAACAGAAAGUGGUGGACUUUUUCCUGAGAACUUUUUUUUUUGUUUUGUUUAAAUGAUAAGCUCAGUUUUUACCCCAGUGUAUUGUGGUGUCUUACAUUUUUAGCAGUAUUUUGUAUUUUAUUUUUUUUUUUUCUGUAACGCACUAAGUCUUAGAUGUUUUUAGAGCUUGUUUGUUAUAUUCACAAUCACAGAUUUAAAAGCAAAACGACAAAAAAAAAAAAAAAGGCAAAAAAAGAAAAAUCCUCACAAAGACCCAAUCGACCAAAAAAAAAAAAAAAGUGUCCAUUUUUUGUUGUUGUUUUUUUGGGGGGGUUUUGUUGUUGUUGUGUUUUGUUUUUUUUUUUGUACAAGUAGCUUUGAGAAGCCCACAUUGUGUUGCUGUGACUCAUCUUUUUGUAACAUUUUCUUUCUUGGUAUUUGUUUAAACAUAAAAAAGUUAAGAGUUUAUAUGGCUGGCAGUAGCAGGGCAGUGCUCCCUCCGUCAGCAGAAUGGCAUUGUUUCUUCUGUCUUUGUUUGGUUAGCCAUAUAAUGUUUGUUCUCAGCACUGUACAACGGUCCCUAUAUGAUAUGGAGAAGCAAUAUCACUGUAUGAAACUCACACGAUGUAUUAUUAUUAUUAUUAUUCACUAGCACCCUAGGUGUGAUAAUUGAAGUAAAUAUCUUUUAUACAAACACAA